CUUUGCCGCCGUCGGUCACGGGAGCAUCGCGGCAUUCUCGAGGAGGAGGUCGGGAAGUUUGGAUUUGGCGUCUCGUAAAUUGGAGCUAGCUUUGCAAGUUCUUUCUUUGACAUUCCUUGUAGCUCGUUCAGUAUUAGGAACAAACCCCGUCAGGGUCGGCCACUUUGCUCGGCGACGGCGACGGCGCUCCGAGCGCAUCGGACGUCCGCCGGCUGUCUUUUAUGAGAUUACGGCCUGGAAAAUUAAAUAGAAGCACGCGGAAAGGUUUGGAGGCCAGCAAGGCGGGGCCGAGGUGGCGCCCGCUAGUUCUGAUCCAACCGGAGCCGAGAAGCGGCCGCAGCCAAGCGGAAGCUACGUGGCAGCAAAACACAAGCAGGAAGACGGCAGGCGGCAGCCGCACUUGCACUUCGCUUUACUCCCGCAUCCUUCUUUCCUUUCGAUUUGCUCAUCGAACGGGGGCGAAUGUCAUCUCGAGAACGUUCCCUCAAGCCGCCCGGACUUCACUAAACUUCGUCUCACAGGCUAUGGGUCUUUGCAAGUGUCCCAAGAGAAAGGUGACCAAUUUAUUCUGCUUUGAGCAUCGCGUGAACGUGUGCGAGCAUUGCCUCGUCUCCAACCACAACAAGUGCAUUGUCCAGUCUUACCUGCAAUGGCUUCAGGACAGCGACUACAACCCGAACUGUCCUCUGUGCGACAAUCAGCUGAUUGCCGAAGACACCAUCAGACUCAUCUGCUAUGAUGUUUUUCACUGGUCCUGUCUCAACGACCUGGCGUCCCGUCUGCCCCUGCACACGGCUCCGGCGGGCUACCAGUGCCCCAGCUGUCAGGGUCCGCUUUUCCCCCCCUCCAACCUGGCCAGCCCGGUCGCCAGCGUGCUCAAAGAGCAGCUGUCGUCUGUGAAUUGGGCUCGAGCGGGCUUGGGCUUGCCCCUGCAGAUUUCCGCCCUGGAGCCGGACGGGCCGGCGGACGUCCGUCAGGAGGCCGCAGAUGUCACGGAUUACACGGAGUGGUCGUCGUUUGAUGAACGAGGCCAAAGUCCCCCCCACCACGGCCUCUCGUACAACGCCGGCCUCGGCCGAGCGCCAAACACGCCUGAGGACGACGCCGGGCUUCCCCGUAAGGACGGCGAUUCCGAUCUACAAGCUCACUCUGCGGUCGACUUUCCUGACGCUGCUGACUGCGACACGAUUACCAUUCAUGCAGGAUCAUCCCCGAGAAAGGUCUACGACACGCGAGAAAACAAUUUCGCAGCACAGAUGGACUUCGACGACGAUAAAUACAGACGACGACCGGCGCUGGGCUGGUUUGCUCAAAUUCUCAAAAACCGCACAGGCACAAAGCGGGCGUCUCUGUCCUGGAAACAGCGGGUCUUCGUGCUGCUUUUGAUCGGAGUGCUGGGAUUCUUUACGCUGAUUAUCAUCAUGGCCAAAGUUGGACGCGCCUCCGCGAGUUCAGACCCAAAUUUAGAUCCUCUUCUAAACCCGCACAUCCGCGUGGGUAAAAACUGAAAAAAGGCAUUGACUCGCGGAAGUGCAUUCGUACCGUAUUGCGUAAGGAGGGAAAGGCGAAAAAAUCAUAUCAAUCAAUAGAGACGUAGUGCGCGAUUUGGCCAGCGGAUGGAGCCAUUGGCCCAUCGGGCUGGAACUGAGAAAUGGAGGCGAAACCCUCAAGAACGUCAAUGUUGGAUCCAGGUGAAGAGGUCCAAAGCGGGCGAUAUUUAUAUUUACCAGUAGACUGACUAAUGCAUAAACAUCUUUCUCUGAUGUAUAUAGUUGUGAAAAGUGCAGUGCAUCGAACCUGGAGUCACACAGCCUAAUUAAUGACACUUUAGCGUGUCUCAUUUUC